AUGCCAUUAAAGUUUAAUUCUGCUAAAGGUGUGUUGGUUGUUGAUCCCAUAGAAGCAAGAAACAUAUGUACCACAAAGUCAUCUUCAAAAAUCUAUUGUCUUUUUCAAAUUGAUAAUAAAGCAUUCAGGUCCAAAACUACACAGUUACAAGAACAUAUAAGUCCCAAAUGGAACGAAGAUUCACAAUGUCGCUUUGAUAUUGAUCCUGGAGUGACACCCUUGCUUAAAAUUUAUAUUUUGGAACGAACUUCAGGUCUACCCAAAGUUCUAGGAAAAGGUGAACUUGAUCUUGUUGAUAUAUUCUAUGAGAAAAAAGUUGAUAAAUGGACAAAAGUGCCUCCCACAGGUCAAAUCAAUAUAGAGUAUACGUUUUACCAAGUUGCACCAAUGUUACCUCAUAAACAACCCACAAGAGGACCAUCAGUCCCAGUAAAGAAUCCAUUACCAAAUUCACCAACUGAAACAGUAACUGUCAAUAAACCAAAGAUCUCCUCUGUGGAUAGUGUAUUUGUUGAUGAUCAAAAAGAAAAAACAAGACUAAGGAAACUUGCCAGUAAGGUUAAAAGAAGAUAUGAGAGAAGAAUAUCACUGAGGGAAACAGAAAUGGAACAGCAACUUCAAAAGAUGACAAAUGACGAGCUUUUAGUCUUUGAGGUUAAUAACUCACCAAAAGAUAAAUUAAACAAUGAAGAAAUUAUACAUAGAGAUGAAGAACCAGAAGGAUUAGAAGAACCAGAAGUCAACGUUUAUUCAAUAGAGAGUUCCAAAUUAGAAGAGUUAGAUCUCAACAGCCUUCCAUUUUCUGCGGAUUCGAUAGGUAGUACAGUUGUAACCAAGUUGGAAAAGGUUAAAGCUGAAGAUCAAAGAAAAAAGAGAAGAGAAGCGAAAGCUGCUUAUGAGAGACUUUCACCAAGUGCUUUUGCAAUAAUGAACAGAUUAGAGCAAGGAAGAGCCAAAAGAGACGAUUUCAGGGUUGACAAUGGUGUCUCUGAUUAUAAAGGUGAUGGAACUUGGGGUAAAGGUCGUUUAUCCGAUGCUGUUUAUACUGAAGGUAGACCAGUAUUACCACCUAAAAUUCCAAUCGGGAUGUCGAGUGAAGAGUAUUAUAUGUUAAACAGGAAAGAGUAUCUGGAAUACUUUCAACAGAUUCUAUGA